GGGUGAGGUGUGAGAUUCACUGCCACGUUGGAGAAAUCUGGCCUGGACGGACCUGUGUGGUUUGGUUAGGCUGAUGAUGGUGUUUCAGAUGCCGGUCCUGCAGCUUGACGAGGCCACGUGUUAACUGCUCUUCUGGAACACGACCUCACUAUCACCUGUUCUGCCCUAGAUAACCAGUUCAGGAUGUCCAUCCUAGAACGUCUGGAGCAGAUGGAGAGGAGGAUGGCGGAGAUGACGGGGUCCCAGCAACACAAACAGGGGAGCGGAGGAGGCAGCAGCGGAGGGGGAAACGGGAGCGGGAACGGAGGAAGCCAGGCUCAGUGUGCCUCUGGCCCCGGGACGCUGGGCAGCUGCUUCGAGAGCCGUGUGGUUGUCGUGUGUGAGAAGAUGAUGAGCCGCGCCUGCUGGGCCAAGUCCAAGCACUUGAUCCACUCAAAGACUUUCCGGGGAAUGACCCUCUUGCACCUGGCUGCUGCCCAGGGCUACGCCACCCUCAUCCAGACCCUCAUCAAAUGGCGCACGAAGCACGCAGAUAGCAUCGAUUUGGAACUGGAAGUUGACCCCUUGAAUGUGGACCACUUCUCCUGUACUCCUCUGAUGUGGGCGUGUGCUCUCGGGCACUUAGAGGCUGCUGUCGUGCUGUACAAGUGGGACCGUCGGGCCAUCUCCAUUCCGGACUCUCUAGGAAGGCUGCCUUUGGGGAUCGCCAGGUCGAGGGGUCAUGUGAAAUUAGCGGAGUGUCUGGAGCACUUGCAGAGAGAUGAGCAGGCUCAGCUUGGACAGAACCCCAGAAUCCACUGUCCUCCGAGCGAAGAGCCCAAUACAGAUAGCUGGAUGACCCAGUGGCACAGUGAAGCCAUCCACUCACCGGAAGUACCCAAAGGAGUCACCGUCAUUGCAAGUACCAAUCCAGAGCUGAGAAGACCUCGUUCUGAACCCUCUAAUUACUACAGCAGUGAGAGCCACAAAGAUUAUCCAGCUCCCAAAAAGCAUAAAUUGAACCCUGAGUCCUUCCAGGCAAGGCAGCAGAAACUGCUCUCCACUGCACUGAGUCUGGAACAGCCAAAUAUCAGGAAGCAGAGCCCUAGUUCUAAGCAGUGUGUCCCUGAGACAAUCAGCCCCAGUGAAGGAGUGAGGGACCGCGUCCGGGAAACCUCCCCUCCCGUUCCAGAGACUGCACGACUCCAAGCCUCUGGAUCUCAGCCCGUAGUAAAGUGGAGUCCCAAAGAUCUUUACAUUGGUGUGUCUACAGUACAGGUGACUGGAAAUCCGAAGGGGACCAGUGUAGGAAAGGAUGCCGCACCUUCACAGGUGCGUCCACGGGAACCAAUGAGUGUCCUGAUGAUGGCUAACAGAGAGGUGGUGAAUACAGACAUGGGGCCCUACCGUGAUAGUGCAGAGAGCGAGGAGUGCACACAGCCCAUGGAUGACAUCCAGGUAAACAUGAUGACCUUGGCAGAGCACAUCAUCGAAGCCACGCCUGAUCGAAUCAAGCAGGAGAGUUUUGUGCCCACGGAGCCCUCGGCUUUGGAAAGAACAGACACUGCCACCAUCAGCAGUACCAUGAGCUGGCUGGCCAGUUACCUGGCCGAUGUCGAUCGUCUGCCAAGCGCUGCCCAGAUCAGAAGUGCAUAUAACGAGCCUCUAACCCCUUCUUCUAAUACCAGCUUGAGCCCUGUCGGCUCCCCAGUCAGUGAAAUAGCUUUUGAGAAACCCAGCCUUCCCUCAGCAGCAGAUUGGUCUGAAUUCCUGAGCGCGUCUACCAGUGAGAAGGUUGAGAAUGAAUUUGCUCAGCUGACUCUGUCUGAUCACGAGCAGAGAGAACUCUAUGAAGCUGCCAGGCUUGUCCAGACCGCUUUCCGGAAAUACAAGGGCCGACCCUUGCGAGAACAGCAAGAAGUGGCUGCUGCCGUCAUUCAGCGUUGUUACAGGAAAUACAAACAGUAUGCACUUUAUAAAAAGAUGACACAGGCUGCCAUCCUAAUCCAGAGUAAAUUCCGAAGUUACUACGAACAAAAGAAAUUUCAGCAGAGCCGGCGUGCUGCUGUGCUGAUCCAGAAGUAUUACCGGAGUUAUAAGAAAUGUGGCAAAAGACGGCAGGCUCGCCGAACAGCUGUAAUUGUACAACAGAAACUCAGGAGCAGUUUGCUAACCAAAAAGCAGGACCAAGCUGCUCGAAAAAUAAUGAGGUUUCUACGCCGCUGCCGCCACAGAGUGAAAGAGUUGAGAAAGGCCAAGGAACUUGAAGACAUACAGCAGCAUCCCUUAGCAAUGUGACAUUGCUUUUCAGACUGUUUUCAUUUCUGUUUUUAGCAGAGACAUGCAAAACUACGACACACACACGCACGCACACACGCACACACACGCACACAAUCCCUCUGCAGUUUUGGGGAGAUCAGCUGCAGGAUUUUAACAGGAAUGUGUUGGUCAUUGCAUUUGCACUUUCAUGGACAACUUUUCAUUUGAUCAGCAAGACAUCUUGGAACUCAAUCUUCUGUUGGAUCAUGGGAAAAACAAGACACCACGAGGAAUCGAAAGAGGCUUCCUUUCCUUAGGAAGCAGCCGGUUUCCUUCUCAUAUAGGGCUGUAUUCAAACAUCGUGUGGAACUGUACAAAUAUUUAUACCAAAAAUAUAGAUAAGCAAAGGUGGGGAUGCGCUAGCAACAAAAGAGAAUGCUGCUCCUGCACCUGUCAGUUACUUCCAAGAAGCUGAAUCUUUGGGAUUGACUCUCAGUGGAGGGCUUAGACCAUACAAAUCUUCAUUGGGUCCGUGUGUUCGCAUUUCCUUCACUGGUUUUAUUUUCUUUGAAUCCGUGUUUGUUUUAAUCUCUACAGCACACUUAAUGCAACUUUUGAAAUCUGCAGGUUUUUAAUGUCUUGUGGAAAUUUGCAGAGGGGCGGGUGUGUGGUAAACGGGGAAUGCAUGGGAAUUAAUGAGAAACAGCUCACAGAGUUUAACUUUAUUUUCUUGUCCCCACCACCUCCCAGGAACCUGCGAGUGUAGUGACCAUCUCGUCCCUUUUGUCAUGCUCAGCACUUUCAUUUGUGGGCCUUACUUUCAUGUGCAAUGAGAUUUACUUAGAGAAUUGGUACAGCAUGUAGCUUUUCUUAGUAACCUUGGAAACUGUAGUCAUUCUAAGGAAUCAUAAACCUUGCCUGGACAUUUGCCACCUAAAAGAUCAGUGUGGUGCUGCGUUCUGGCCAGUAAAUUCCAUAUUUUUGGCUAUAAUCUCAUCCAAACUGAGCAGUUUGUGUGUAUAUAUAGAAGGUAGAAACGGAAAGCGAGAAAAUAUUUGAAAGGGAUUAUAUUAAUUGCUAAAUAUUUUAUUCACAAAGGUCGAUAACAUGGCGAGAUAAAAUUAUUUGUAUAGUUUUGUCUGAAUGAGCGAGAAAAAUGUGGAUGUAUUGUUUGUAUAUAUUGUAUAUAUUAAAACAAAGAGAUAUGUGCAUGAAAUCAAGAAAAAAGAAAUGAACAAAAGCAAAGCAUUAGUGGCUAUGGUCUGUAAAAUGAAACAAAAAAAAACUUUAUUUCACUAUAAGAGUACUUUAUUUUAAAUGUUCUUUAGAAGAACAUUUUGCUAAAGCAUGACUAAACUGGAAAAAAAAAGAGCUACUGUAUUUAGACUUAGGAUAAAAGGCAGAGUAACAUUACUUAAAAAAAAAAAAAAAGGAUAUGUUUACAUUUAAUUUUGGCUACCAGGAGUUUAUUUUAUUUAAUUUAAAAUUUUUUUGCCAAUGGUGCCAAGUAAUGUGAAUGCUAAUAUUGCUUAAGAAAAUUAAGUUACUUUCGCUAAACAGAUAAUCAUAAGAUGAAUCCGUAUAUAGCUUAACACCAUCCACUCACUCCAACAAAGAACACUUAGAACGAUCAAAACCUGACAAAAGAAAUAGUACGAAAGGUUGAAAAAUGUCUCGCGUUUUCAUAUCUCCUGCUGGAAAUCAGAAAAUGUAACAAAAAUUGCACACACAAAAAAAGACUAAAACUUUAAAAGAGGCAAACUGGUCUUGUAAGGUUGUCAUGGUCUAUUACUCUUUCUAUAUAAUGAGGAGCCAAAGAAAUCUGAUGCUUUUAAAAAUUAAACUACUAACGUUAAAUUGAGAGAAUAAAGUUCGCAUUUGCUGAUGCCAGUUUAAAACUCCCAGGUUAAGUUUCAGGAUCAGUUGGUGUAAAGCUGAGAUUAAAUAGUUUUGGUUUUUUUCUUCUUCUUCUUGGUUCUGGCUGCCAACUGUACGUUAAAACUCAAGGCUUGUUGUGAAGCCUAAAAAUAUUCACAAAUAAGCUUUUAAACUGGCGUCUUUAGAAGGAAGAUAGAAACAAACAGAUUGUGGUAAAAA